UUUCCAGUUAAACGUGAGCAGACAUUAAAUAUAGGUAAAUAUCGACUACACUUUAUGUAGUCUGGACCACUGGAACGUUCAUUUAUGUUCUUACGCGGUCUUGCAUUUCUUUUUUUUAGUCACUCACUAAAAACUAUACAUAACCCCCAGAUCGGGUAAACCCUAAAAAUAUCUUCAUAAAAUCCAGUUCUUUCAUUUUAAAAUUCUACAUCAUGUUAUAACAUAACAAGGUACAACGUUUCUGUUUAUUCCAAAACCAGGUAGGUGUGUGUAAAACCUAUUUUAUAUAAUUUUCAGACCACGUCAUAGAUCAGGGUACUUUAAUAAAGCUAGAAUAAAUUAAAAAAAAGAUUAGGUGUAGAUUGCGUGCAAACACGAGAAACGUUGCUCAAAAAACAAAAUGGUGAUACCGCUGUAAAGCAAACACGGUCCCCUAUCUUGACAUUAGACCGAGGCAGUUAAUUAUUCAUUCUUGAAUACACACCUGCGCAUGGAUCUCAGCAACGUUGCUGUUGUUGGCACUUUGGCUAAAAGUGGACGCGGAUUAACUUGAAAUUCCGAAGGUUAUUACUGUGUGGACGUUUAAUAAAAGGAGAUACCUCCUGGAGUGUUUCGACGUCACAAGAGAAGAACGGCGCUCCUAAAUGGAGCAGGUUCUCUCCAGCCCGCGAGGUCAUUCCGACUGGGAAUCUGACCAGAAUUCUCUCGGGUUUCUUCUUUUGGACAACGAUGACGAUGUCGCUGCCGACGGCGGCCAUGAAAAUCCAGAGAGACGUCAUAGGGGAGAGCCUGGUAUCGUCUCCCUAAGCUUUGACGAGAUAUUUCAGGACAGCUCUUUGAAUCUCGAUGAGUUUUUCCGGGCUUCUCGGUAUUCCGGAUUAGAUCAGGCAUGUCCGUGGGAGCGCGGUUCGGACUGUGUCAGUCCGUCAUGGGAUAUACAGCCGUCUCUGCCACAGAAACCGGCUCGAGAGGACUGCCGUGAAGCGCCACACGGUGCGGUCACGGCGGAUCUCAUCAGCUUUAAUUCCAACGCACCCAGUCCCACGCACACUUGCACAUCUAUGCAGGCUGUGGACAUUUCGCAACCCACUGGAACGGUCGACACAGAUUGUCCUUUAGAUGGCCUCAUUGGCCAGCUUCCUCUGGAUCCCGUCAUGGACCAGACACUCUCACAAACCUUGCCUGCUCAGAGGACUAGUGUAACUGAAGAGACUCCAGACUCGCACUGGACAAAAGAUUUGACCUCCUCACAAACUACGCCUGAGGACGUGACGGACAUCUUGUGCGCGAAUUUGCUGGAUCUUGCUGCGGAAAGCUCAAGUAGGACUGCAUCCUAUAGUUUUGAGAAUUCAAAUGAGGCUUUGAUAACUUCGCCCUUCAUCUACGAUUUGUCUUCCUCACUCCAAACUUUGGUUUCGUGUUCUGAUGCCUUGGAUGAAGUCUCACCAAUGUUGUUUUUGGAGUCACCUGUUCAGCCAUGUGAUGGCAGCCUUGCUAUUUUCCAGACAGUGGGGACUACAGUUACAGGAUUGUCUUCAGAACAGGAGCGCGAGGUACCUGCGAUUAGUAACACGAUACGUGGUGAUGCAUCCGAGGUCCAGUCACCUGCAGGUCCAUUAGCAUCUAGCAAACCAUUUGUACAAGAAAGAACAUUAGCUGGAUCAGAUUCAGAGGCCAAACCUGAGACACCCAAUGAGUCAGUAGCGACUGGUGGUCCACCUGAAACCAGCCGUCUGGGCCUAAGCGAUGAAGAUGCGUGUGAGGACGAAGAGAUUGUAGAAAUGGAAGAGGUAGCGGAGAGAGACAUCCCACCUCACGACCCUCUGGUACAGGAACUUCAAUCUGAUUUCACUCAAGCAGUUCUGUUGUUCUCACCUACAUUCGUACCUGAGCAAACAGCUCCAGUGCAGUCCACAUCAACUUCUCCGGUCUCUCUUUGUCCUCAGACUGACGUCUCACCAGAGUACAGUAACGAUGAGCUUCGCGUGAAUACACAAGGCGCUGCAUUUGAAAAAUCACCUGACUUGAAUGAAAACUCAAACCUUUCGGUAAUAUCUGACUCACAUUUUGAUGAUGUCCAUAACGCAAAACUACUUGCCUCUGAGAAAGAGAUUAUUAUUCAUACCAUUCCUGCCUUGAAGAAAGAACCGCCUCCCGUUUCUCCUUUACUUCGUCUUACCCUUGAGGCAAAUGCAGAGACCGACGCGAUCUCGCAUGACUCUGAAUCUGAAACACACACCUCAUCGGAAAUAGAAAGUAAACGUAAUCCUUCAGAGAGCCUUAAAUCACCUGAGGGCACAGGUGAAGAACAGACAAUCAACAUGCCCAACAUGGACACAUCAGACACGCUUGCUGCUUUGGAUACGCACUUCCAUUUGCACGUUCAGGAGGUGGAGUCUGUUCACACAUCAGUGAAUGGUACAACUCAACACUGCCAGGAUCCGAAUGGCUGUACAGCUGAGAUUAACCAGCAACCAAACACACAGGAUGAGUCGGAGAGCUUCGGCUUUAGUGCCCAUAACUGUACACCUGAAAAAUUUGUAACGCCAAAGGACAUUCACGCAACAUCUGAUGAUCUUCAGGACACGCACAGAUUGACUGAGUCAUCUGACGGCAGUGUGAAUACACACACACCAGACUUUACACCUGUCUCCAAGGAAAACACAUUUUUAUGUGCACUGUUACCUGCCCAAGGAAGCAUAAAAGCUGAAGAAGGCAUUGACCGUGAACCGGUUGAUGUAACCUACACUCCUGAGAGUGUUCCUGGCCCUUUAGACUCCACCCUCCUCUCAGGUGCAGAUAGUCCACUCAGCCAAGUGGGCGUGGCCAUAGGGCAGGAAAGGGGAGCGGCUACAUCAAGACUAUGUCAGUCAGCUGAUGUGAAGUUAGACGGGGAAACUGAUCUACCUGAAUAUCUUAGACAAGCAGACCUGUCUCAGGUAGCAGAGCCGAAACUAAACUCGCUCAGAGAUGAGUCUCCCAGCGGAGUUUGUCCGCUAGAAGAAACAUGCCCGCUUCUGAUGGAGGACAGCGUUGUCGUUCCUGACGGUCCAGACAAUGCCGAAAUGGCUCUGGAGUUGUGUGUGAGCUCGGAUAUGAUCCAGGAUGGGUGUUCAGGUGCCGGCGCGCUUCCAGCAGCCAAUCCUCAGGAUGACGAACACUCGGCACUGCGGGCGGUUUUCCAAGCUCUUGACCAGGACGGGGACGGAUUCGUCCGCAUCGAGGAGUUUAUGGAGUUCGCCACGGCGUACGGAGUGGAACAGGUGAAGGACUUGACGCGCUUCCUCGACCCGAGCGGCCUGGGAGUCAUCAGCUUCGAGGAUUUCCACAGAGGCAUCACGGCCAUCAGCAACGGAGGGUCUGACCCAGAUCUCUACAAGCUACAGCUCACUACAGGGGAUGCCAACGGAGCAGGCGAGGAAUAUGAUGAGCAGGCGGAGGUGUCGGACAGCGCGUACCUGGGCUCGGAGAGCGCGUACAGCGAGUGCGAGACGUUUACAGACGAGGACACGGGAGCCCUCGUUCACCCGGAGCUGCACGAGGACGUCGAGACGGACAGCGGCAUCGGAAACACUCUCGCCGAGAGCGAGGAGCGUAACAGGUUCUCCCUCGGCUCGGACUUGCACGGCCACGCCCUGGUGGCGGUGAUCGGCGGGGAGGAGGAGCACUUCGAGGACUUCGGGGAGAGCAACUCCGCCUCCGAUCUUUUGCUGGCCAAUCAGGAGGAGGGCAGGGCAGCCCCCGAAGGAGAGGGAGACCCAGAGCCACACCCACAUGCUGGCAGCCCAGCGCACCGGCCACCGAUGCUGCUGACGCCCAGCUCUGAGCCGUUCCCCUCCAGCUUCCGGAAUUUCCUGCAGUCGGAAUCUCUGGAGUUUUUCUGCACUCACUGUCACAAACAGAUCAGCCGUCUUGAGGAUCUCUCCACGCGCCUGCAUUUACUAGAAAUGAAUAGCUCCAGCAAGAGACUGUCCAGUAAAAAGGCAGCAAGGCACUUGUUACAGUCGAGCGGUCUAGAUCGUAUGAGCGACCUGAGCCGCGACAUCCUGGACCUCGCCGACAGCGACAUCGCUGACAAGGUGCUGCUUUUGGAACGGCGCGUGUCCGAGCUGGAGAAGGACUCGGCGGCGAGCGAGGAGCAGCACGCCCGUCUGCGGCAGGAGAACCUGACACUGGUGCACCGUGCCAACGCCUUGGAGGAGCAGCUCAAGGAGCAGGAGGUUCGCGCCGACGAGUCCCUGAACACGCUCGGCCGCAAACACCGGGACGCUCUGAGCAAACUGCAGCGCGAGAGAGAGCUGGAGAUCGAGAACCUGCAGGCCAGGCUGCAUCAGUUGGAUGAAGAGAACAGUGAGUUAAGGUCAUGCGUGCCCUGUCUGAGAGCUAACAUCGAAAGAUUGGAGGAGGAGAAGAGAAAGCUCCAGGACGAGGUGGACGAUAUGACCGACAGGCUGAACGAAGAAACGGAGUCCCGCAGGAAGACGGCUGACAAGCUGAGCCAUGAACGCCACACCAGCCAGAAAGAAAAAGAGACCACGCAGGAGCUGAUUGAGGACUUGAGGAAGCAGUUGGAAAUGCUGCAGCUGUUUAAACUGGAGACGGAGGCCCGGCGAGGCCGCUCGCCUGCCGCCGGACUGCAGGAGUACAACACGCACAUGAGAGAGAACGAGCUGGAGCAGGAAAUCCGACGACUCAAGCAGGAUAACCGCAGUUUGAAGGAGCAGAACGACGAGUUGAACGGACAGAUCAUCAAUCUCAGCAUUCAGGGAGCCAAAAGCCUGUUCACCGAGUCUCUGUCCGAGUCGCUGGCAGCAGAGAUCAACAACGUUUCCCGCGCAGAGCUAAUGGAGGCCAUCCAGAAGCAGGAAGAGAUUAACUUCCGCCUGCAGGACUACAUCGACCGCAUCAUCGUGGCCAUCAUGGAGUCCAACCCUUCUAUACUGGAGGUCAAAUAAUAAUCACCACGGCGACAGACCCCUGAAUACACAACGGCACUGGAGCUGAGCGACAAACACGUUAAAAGAGGAUAUAGAUUUCUUAUCGCGUCAUUUCAGGAAAGCGUGUGUGUGUGUGUGUGUGCGUUUAUGUAUAGUGAAUAUUGGUUCCUGUGACUUCCCUGUGGUUUGGGAUUGAGGGACCCAGUCCCGUGUGUGUGUGUGUUUGUGUGUGUGUGUUUUUUUUUUUUGUUUGUUUUUUUGCUUGACUUCAAGUUUAGCUCCAUGAUCAAAACCAUGUGAGGGACACUAUGUGUCCUGAGAGGUAGUGUGUGUGUUCAUCAUAACUUAUGAGUGUGAUGAUCUUUGACAUUGUUAAGGUGAUAAUGAGGGGGGUGCGUGUGUGUGUGCGCGGGUGUAUGAUUUAGUUCAGUUUUUAUUUUCCUCGUAUCUAUUUAUUACGCUGAAGCAGAAGGCUACAGGCUGAAAAAGAGAAAACUCCGGAAGCUGAAGAAAGUGCCGCAGAGCGAUCGUAAAGGGGCGUGGCUCUGAGCCCACGUGGGCUUUCCUGCUGAGUGAACAGAGACGACCUGCGAGGGACGACGUCCCUGUGCGACGAAAAACUGUUCGUUUGUUUUGAAUGACUAUAUAUAUAUAUAUGUAUAUGUAUAUGUAUAUGUAUAUAUAUAUAUAUAUAUAUAUAUAUAAAGUAAAUGUAAAUAUAUAUAAAAAAAGAUAUAUUUCCUCAUGUGGGAGCUGAAGAAAACGGUUUACACUCGAAGACUUUGACGGAUCCCUCGGCCGGAAUGACGAGAGCUUAUUUUCUGAUUAAAUUAUUUUGAACUGAUGGACCGCAAGGGGGAGAGAGAGAGAGAGGAGAUGGACGUGAAAGACUUGAGAGACCCUGCUGAGACAUGAGCACACACCCACAAACACACACCUCUCUCCAUCUUCGAACCCGAAAUAAUCCUCUGCAGACUGAUUUCUCAUCCUGUUUCACUUAUUAUUAAGAGGUAUUUUAUAGAUGGAAGGAAAGAGUGUAAUCUUGUCUUCCACCGUCACAUGCAUUGUGUGUGUGUGUGUGUGUGAAGAUUUCAGUAGCUCGACUGUGGGAGCUGAUGUACAGUAUUACGCUGAAUGUAAUACCGUAUUUUCCGGACUAUAAGACGCCCUCUAGUGGGUGCUGCAAUUACUACAGCAAAAGGGGAAAAAAAGUGCUAAAAUUUGCACCCUUGUAAUAAACCUGUUUAUUUGGGGGUAUACGGUAGACGUGCUACUCCAGGACUUUAUUAUAUAACAGGAAAAAAUAUACUAAUAAAGCAUAAAAAAGACCGGGGGGGAUAUAUAUAUAUAUAUAUAUAUAUAUAUAUAUAUAUAUAUAUAUAUAUAUAUAUAUAUAUAUAUAUAUAUAUAAUAUAUUCGUGUUUGUUUUCUUCAACCAAACAAAAUCCGGAAAAUACUGUCCAAUGAAAGUGCUGAGAUGUGUAAUUUUUUUUGCUCAUUUCACUUUUUUUCACUUGUUUUUCUUUUUUUUUCUUUCUCUCUACUAUGCUUAUUCCAACAUUUCUGUCACAUAUAAUGGCAUCAAAUGGUCCGUGUUUCGGGUGUCUGUUCUGUGAUAUCCUGCUGUUUCUGCUUUAUUUAACACUCCAAAACACUCUGGGGGGGGGGGGGGACGACAAAAAAGUGAAAGCAUGAUCUUAUUUUCGGCGUUGUGCAAUCUAGCCCUUCAUUAGAAAUGGUUUGACUUUCUUUUGCCUAUAAGAAUCCUGGAUGUUCUAACUAGUGUGUGCCUGAAUCGUUUUCUCUCUCUCUCUAUCUCUGUCUCAACUUAAUAUGUAUAAAGAAACUGACUGAUCUGUGUAUAUACGCGUUCUACUUUUUGUGAAUCCGCACUCGCACACUCGGGAAAAAGACGUCCAAAGCAGGAGCAGGAGCUCCACUCGUCGCUUAGAAAAUCGUCAAUACUAAUUUUAGCUACGAGUAGACAAUAACACGUUCUCGUUGUGUAAAAAAAUAAAUAAAUAAAUAAAAGAUGAAGAUGUAAUCUAUUCUGAUUAUAAGGUGACAUGUAUAGAAGGAUAAACUAAGAUAUCAGUAUUGUCUUCUGCUGCAAGUUUUUUUUUUUCCUUUCGAAGAUGGCCCGCAAGAUGUGUCUCUUAUCGUCUGAGGGUUCUGUAGAAUUUUUUUUUUCUUUGAGUAAUUGUAUAAAGUUGAAAAAUACAAUAGGAAAUGAACCUAGAUGCAAAUCAAUAAAAUGAACAUAUCUCUUA